AUGGGUUCUUCGGUACCGCAAUUUGAAGAAUUGAAUCAGUACCCUGAAUCUACUUCCUCUUCAUCCAAAAUCUUACCAAUACUUGGGCCAAAACUUGAAUCCAUUGAUGAACACUCCCCCUAUCUACAACCCCUUCCGACCCCAAUUUAUGCUAUGACUUUCACCUCAUUUAUGAGCUCUUCCAAAAUGCUUUCGCCGAUCCUGAUUACAGCGCCAUUGUUCCUGUCAAAAAACUCGGAAACCCAACUGUCAAAUUUCACUAUACCGGCUCAGAGAGCUCGCCAAUACAUUCGAGGCGCUCUUCCGAUCUAG